AUGAGUGACAUGCAAAUCAGAGACAAGAAAGCUGCUAAACCAGACGACCAGGCAUUUUUAUUGAUAUAUACGCAUUAGGGUUUACGCCAUGGUUAUUGGACAUUAACUCCCACUAUUGAUUUUUUCAGGAUUUGGAACUGGUUGUUGUGAAUGGCGAAGGGACUGAGACAGGGCAGGUAGUUUCAAUAACGACUGGCGGGCAAGGUGGUGGAGCCAAACAGGUAUGCUGUGUCACAGAUUGCUGGUACUCUGCUUUAACCUUUUUCUUAUCUUUUUUCUGAAUAUUAGAUUUCUUAAUGUGCAAGUAAAAGGUCGUCUAAUUCCUUUUUCAUAAGCAUCACACAUGACGCUUGUCAGAGAAGGAAAAAAAACAAGGAAAAAAGAGAAGAUCUCCGCUAUCUGAUUAAAUUGAAAGCAAGAAACCUCUAAGGGUUUAAGUGAGUUCUUACUCAGGAGACUAAGGAACAAUGCAAAAUACUGAGGGCUGCAAUGCCUUUUGUAAAAUUUCAAUUACUUACAUGAAUGUACCUCAUAACUUAUUUCAGGCAUGGCCCACCUAAUCAGAUGACUUUGAUCUGAGUUGGGGGUUCCUGAUUCUGUUCCCUGGGGGGGAAUGUAAUAUCUGCCUUUAUUUAUUUAUUUAUAUAGAAUAGGCCAAAUUAGGCCUUCAGAGACCUUUGAUGAUGUCUCUUCUUGGGGUUAGAGAAAAUAUGAAGAAGCCAGAAGAGAAGGAAGAAUAAGUGGAAGAAAAUAAUGCAACUAACUGCAGCUGGCUGAGGGAGAAAUGGAUAAGAAAACUUACCUUGUCAUUUCCCCUUGCCUACAGAAAUCCGUUGUUCUUUACGUCCACAGCUGUCCAGUGUCGUCUGCCAUAGCCAGUGGCUUCCUAUUGUGGCUUGCCCACGAUCACUGGCUGCCCUUGUAGCUUAUGUCCAUGGCUGCCUGCUGUCAUCAGUGGCUGUGUGUGGGAUCUCUCGUCUCAUAAAAUGAAGAGGCAGUCUGAUAAUGUACCGUAUAAUGAGGAGCUAUUAUUUUUGUAUCAUUCUUGAGCUAUAUUCAGGUCUCUCCCUUUAAAUCAGCCAGUACGUCCUGCUUGAUUGUAUCAGACCUGAUCUGAAUAUGGAGAAUUCAGAGUUCUCAUUGCUUGAUAUCAAUGAUAAAGUAUGAGUUACCUUCACACCUGAACCAUUGAUUACCAACAUAACAAGAACUCAUGUAGUAGUUUGUUAAGUACAUCAAAAAAUGUCUACUAGGCGUCUACAACUGUUUUUUUCCAUGAACUAUAAUGAUUUUUUUUAUCAUCAGGUAAAAAAUCGAAAAUAUAAGAAAAAAGGUUCUCUGUACAAUAGAUUGAUGGGUUCUUACUUCAUCAGGGUCCACCAUGUUUCCCUCUUUUAAUUCAACUUUGUGCGUGCUCAGCAAGGGAAAAAGACAAAAAAGUCUCCAUAUAAGGGACUCAGGAAGUAGCUCAAAGGCCCAAGGUCUGUCAUUUUAAUUGAUGGUAGAGGAUACUGGAGGGAGGCAAAGGUAGUAGAGUCAUCUCUAGUAAUGAGCAUGUUAUCAGUAUAAAGAAGAAAAGGACGCUCACGAAGAAAUUUAUGAAUGAAGAGAUCAUAAUCUUCAACAUUCUCAUGAAAUCGGCAUUAAUAACAACUUGAUGGAACCGUUUUAGCCAUGUGGGGGGAGCCUGUUUGAGUUCUUAUAUGGCUUUCUGAAGUUGACUAAAUAAAAUGUUGCUUCAUCAAUUUGAAACAAUAUAUUCUGAAGUACCUUUGAUGUAAUCUAAAACCAGCAUUUUAUGAUUUACUUCAUUUUUUAAUAGUUUAAAAAAUACUUGAAGAAUAUUUGAAGAAAAGUCGAAGGCAUCUCUUACUUGGGAGUUACAUGUCAUGGCCUCCACGGAUUUUGGCUCUUUUAGCAAGACCUGAUUAAUUAAAUUCACAUGCUCCUUGAUUGAUAGGUGGUCUCAUACAUGGCCGAUCAAGUGGUUGGCACAGGCUCAUUUGGCGUUGUUUUUAAGGUACACAAUGUUCACCAUUGUUUUUGUGCUUAUUUUUCUUUCUUUGAAAAAUAUUUGAUCUCAUUUUUCCAGGCUAAGUGCCUUGAAACUGGGGAAACACUUGCUAUCAAGAAAGUUCUUCAGGACAAGCGAUACAGGAACAGAGAACUCCAAAUUAUGCAAUUACUCGAUCACCCCAAUAUAGUUGGGCUACAACAUUAUUUCUUUUCUUCCAGUGACAAAAAUGAACAAUACCUUAACCUCAUGCUUGAAUUUGUCCCUGAUACUGUGUAUCAUGUAGCUAAGCAUUAUAACAAGAUGCACCAACGUAUACCUUUAUUCAUUGUGCAAUUAUAUAUCUACCAGGUGAGUUUCUCAGGGUCUGCACAUGUUUUUUUUUCAUCAUUCAUCGUUUUUUGUGGGAUUCAUACUGUCUGUUGUUUAUUAACUCAUAUUCUUAAUGCCAUGCAGCUAUGCUGUGCUCUUACUUAUCUUCAUGGUGUCAUCGGCGUUUGCCAUCGUGAAAUUAAACCUCAAAAAUCUCUUGGUGGGUUUCUGUGGUAUUGUUUUGAUUUGCUAGUCGAGCAUGUUCAUGUUAAACACAUUAUGGCACAUGUAAUAUCGUGAAUUAAACAGUUCUAAGGGGGUCACACGAGGGAAAGUUCCACUACUUUAUUUCCAGUCGUUUUUUAAUAUCUGCGCUGUUGUGAUGUUGAUUAGAAAGACAACUUCUCUAAGUUUACCUCCUUGACUGUUCUUAUAAUGGGUAAACCAUCUAUUAUUCAUAACUUGUAUUAGGUUGAUAUCCAAAUAAAAUAAAACAAUCAUAUGCAGUCUCUGUAGGCUUGGUUUCUUCAUUUGCUUUCACACUGGGGCGACAAUGUGUUGUGCUUAUGACAUAAUUUAGACCCAAGCCAACCUGGCCAUUUUCCUUGAUCCGAACUAAACACUGGCUCAACUCGAAUUUUACUCAGUCUUUGAAGUUUGAGUUUAGGGUAGUAAUCCAUUUUAUUUUGAAGCAUUUUGGAAUGCUUCAAAAUAAAUCCUGUAAAUAAAAUGGAAUGCUUCGUUUAAGUAGAAAAAUUUGAUCCGGGGAGCGUGUAAAUUACAUGAAUUGAUGUUGGCCGUGUAAAUUACAUGGAUUUAGGCCUGGGGUUCAUCUCUAUACGAAUCCAUCAUAUAAAGAAGAAUGCGUCUGUUUUAUGUCUGUUCAACAAUAUGCUAAUUUUGUGCUGCCAAAUCCUGCUUAUAAAGCGUUUAAAUUUGUCCACUUCAGCAUGGGUAAGCAGAAUUGGACAGGGACCUGUUCAAAAGCUUUGCUAGAAGUACUGUUAUGCUGUUUCCUUGGGCCUUUUCCUUCCCUUGUAAAUGGGAGUGUGAUGUCUUCCAAUUAACAUUCCAUCCAUCCCUCUUUUCGUUGUUGUAUUCUUAUUUAACUUCAUAUCAGUAAGUCUCAAGCGGUAUCUCCACCAAAUUCAGACUUCCUGUCUUGUGAAUCCCUUUCUUGCAGCACUUGCCACGUAGCCCAAGCAGCCAUUUUUUUUCCAACCGUAAGCAUGGUUCGAUUCAUCAUGUCGACUUCAGAGCACCUGCAGCUGCACAAACUCAAUUUGGUUUUUUAGACAUUAUAUUGCCCCUAUUAUGGCAAGCCCAACGCUGAUGAGUGAUGCAGAAAAAGGAAGAAACCAAGGGAUUCUGGUCACAAUAAUCCAUGCCUCUGAUUGCAGACUAUUCUUUUUUGUCCUGCUCUCAAAUUGACUUCAUUGGUCUAGCCACUGUUGACCAGCAGUUCUAUCGCCGUGGCACACUUCCCACUUUCCUUUCCAUCCAACCACCGGUUCACGAGCUCACUGGCUUUUAUAUAAAGCCUUCCACAUAUUCUACCUCUAUCUUUGAUUGACACAGUACUUUCAAGCGCAUUUAAACCUCCUUUGCGUAAAUUAGAUUUGUCUUUAUGCACUUGAACUCCGGACCAAUGAUUCAUUUUUAUUAUUACUCAAACUGGAGUUUAUAAAUUACUAAGAAUUCUUACUUCUUGGUGAAAUUCAGGUUACCUUCUUGUUAAAAAAAUAAUUCCCGUUAAUGAUAUCAAGGUUUCUCCAUUGUACCUGGGAUUUCUUGAAUAUAGGAUUACUUCAAGAAGGAAACAAUGUACGGCAUCAAAGAGGUGAUUAACAUCAAUUCCACAAUCAUGUAAUCUAAUUAUGUCAUUAAAUAUUGUGUAUAAUUCUGUGCGUGCCUAAAAAUGGAUUGUUGGUGGUAGAAUGAAUGUGCUUAGUUUUUAAAAGAUGAAAACUUUGUGAACUGCAUCUACAGAAACAGAAUUUCAUAACUGUCUUUGUUAUAAAAUGGCAAUUAUACCAUCAUAAAAAUAUGGAUAGGGUAAAUGAAUGUGCAAUCUUUUGAAAACGCUACGCUUUUCUAUUUUUUACAAUUUUUUAUAACCGAACUGGACUACUCUUUCCCGAUUCUAGUCCUGUUAAUCUGAUUCAGCUCUGAACUGUCAAUCUGUCGAUUCGCUGUCCGAGUUUUCAGUAAAAUUAUCAUCAUGAGGCUCAGAAGAGUCCAUGACAUCUUGUAAUGUUAUCCCAGUCAAGAUAUGAACUACUUUGACUUGACUGAGUCACCUUUGGCUUGCAGUCUGUGACAUUUUUUGUUACAUGUUGCAGGUAAAUCCUCAAACCCAUCAGCUCAAGCUUUGUGACUUUGGAAGUGCCAAAGUGCUGGUAUGUGAUGUUUGGUUAAAUUUAAGAGCAGCUUGAACAUUUUCCUUCCCUGUUGACUACUAACAUUUCUAGUUUUAGGUUCCCGGGUAGCCUAAUAUAUCCUAUAUUUGCUCAAGGUAUUAUCGGGCUCCUGAACUAAUUUUUGGAGCCACAGAAUACACAGCUGCAAUUGAUAUGUGGUCCGUUGGCUGUGUCUUAGCUGAACUUCUCUUGGGUCAGGUGGGUGUAACCAUAUUGUCAAUAUCCGUGUGUUUUAACCAUCAUUAUUGCGUUUCAUUUCCUUCAAUUCUGAAGGCAUCUGUCUUGGAUUAUGCUUUGAAGUUAUCCUUUAUUGUUUUAGCAAUCAUUAUGUCAUAAAAGUCACUUUGUGCACGAUAAUGCUGAUUUUUUCAUGGAUUAUUUUAAGUAUGUUGAACUUUUGGUAAGAUUUAUGGAUGCAACAGCGACCUCCCAUGUAGUCACAUCUAGUGAGGAUCUCAAGAUGACUUCUUUGAAGUUUGUUGCCAGAUUGCCAUCUUGUUAGGAAAUCCUGCAAUAAAGUUGAAAAAGAUAAGACAACUCCUUUUGGAUCUGGAAAUUUGUGACAUGAAAAACGCUUCAAUUAGUAUCUGCUGUAUCGCCUGAAUGAUUGUGAAUGAUUAGACUGUCACGUUCUGGAGAGGACAUUCCAGCAAGAAAUUAGUGGACAUUUCAAUAAUAUUUUUAUUUUGCGGAGAAUUUCGUGCCACUUACAAUCUAGGAAGUGAUAGAGCAAUAGCUCCUCCAUGGGAGCUUACUUAUCUGUGCUUUUAUAUUUUUUCAGUCUUUUUAUAAUUUAUCAUUUUCUGAAUGUUCUGUACUUCAUCCAUCUGCAGCAAUUGCUUAUUUAUACAUUCAUUAUUUAUUCAUUUAUAGUUGGUUGCUUAUUUUGUAAAUUUUCGUAUCUGACAUCGAGCAGCCUAUCUUUCAUGGAGAAAGUGGUGUUGAUCCGCUGGUUGAAAUUAUUAAGGUCGAAAACAAGGCAACUAUUUUCUUGUUUAUCGUUUUAAAGGUCAUUUUUGACUAUGAACCCAACAAGUAAUUAUUUCAUUCUAAUAGGUCCUUGGUACGCCAACAAGGGAAGAAAUUAAGUGUAUGAAUCCAAAUUAUGCUGAAUUCAAGUUCCCUCACAUUAAAGCUCAUCCUUGGCAUAAGGUUGAGUGGCUUUUCAUUGUAGUACUUAUUUUUCUUCUAAAUUUCAUGGUCUAUACGUUAUCUAGUCUCUUCUUUGAUACCUCAGUCUUUGUUGUUUAUUCAAUAUUCUUUCAGCUAUUCCGUGAAAAGGUGCCUCCCGAGGCUCUUGACCUUGUAUCACGAAUGCUCCAAUACUCGCCUAAUCUGCGUUGCACUCCUGUGAGUUAUUUCUUGUCCUCCUUUCUUUAUAUAGUAGACUAGGGGCUUAUCUUUGUCUUUCUAUGCAUUUAUGUUGAAUCUUUUUUUUUUUUUUUUUUUCUUUUCAUGGUUAAGAUUCUAUACUCUGUACAAUGUAGUCCUAUGAAAAUUGAUUGUGCUCCGGGCAAAUAAUCUCCAUAUAUCUGUAGAAUUUUAAUUAUUUCUUAGUUCAUAGUCACAACUGUGGCAUUGGUGCUUGUACCAUUUUUUUUUUAGAACAAAGGGGUUGAUGAUUAGAGGAACUUCAAUAUAUUUUGCGGGGUGAUGAUACGGAAGCCCCAUGUAAACAAAAGCUUACCCUUAGUUGAUAAGCAGGUAGAAGAAGGAUAGGUUAUCAGUUCUGGAGCUCAGAUACUUCAAUGGUGUUUUAAUGUAGACAUGCACCUACUUUGUCGACUGAACCACCUAGAAUGACUGCAGGCUAGUGAAAAAAAGCAAGAACUAUGGUCAGUUUUGGCCAGCCUCCAUGGAUGUAGUCGUUUAGUUUUAUCUUUAUGUGAUACUUUAAAAUACUAAUUGAUUGAUAAAAAACCGCCCGGAUUUUUUAUUUGGAUUUGGGGGGGGGGGGGAUUCAGAUCAAAGAAAAAGAAGGAUUUUUUUACUUAUUUUCCCUUAUAUCCAUUAUUCAAUAAAAAAAUAAUUAUCUCUAAAAAAACCUUGUUAUGCUUAAUAAACAGCACAUACAGUAACAGUGAUUAGUCAACCCUCUAACAUCGAUUGCUGUACAUAGCUUAUGCCGCCUUUGUCAGUGACUCUGCCGCGAGAGAAUGCAGUUGUAUCACUGUCAGAAAUUAUGGUCCUUUUCUCUGCAGUUGGAGGCCUGCGCCCAUCCCUUUUUCGAUGAUUUGAAGGACUCCAAAGCACAGCUACCCAACGGAAACCUCUUCCUCCUCUGCUCAACUUCACAUCUUGAGGUUGAAGCCAUAAGAGCAAACAGCUUCUCUUUCCCCCCACCUGGCAUCUGAUCUCCUACUCAUGUUGAUUUCUCAGAGCUGGAAUGAAGUAGCAUCAAAUUGUCGGCAGCAUUUGAUUCAAGAGCUCACGCACUGAUGAUUCCAGCCGACCAUCCUCUCCCACCUCUGAUCCUCAAUGAUCUGCCCAGAAGCAGAAAAAAUGAACGAGCCAAGAGAAGUGCUGAGGCCCAACGCAUUUAAUCCGACCCAGCUAAAUCCUGAAGGUCAUGUCUUCGAGAGUUCAUCCGCAUGAGAACUCCCACCCCUCUCCUUUCAUCUCAUGUAUUUCUCCAUGAUCCAUGUAAUUAACGAGUAUCUCUGUGACAUUGUGGGAAUUCUUGUUGGCUGUUGAAUCCCUUCGUUCCGCAGGAAGUUCCAAGGAGCUUCAGAUUUAUCUCUACCAGAAAUCCCCACAGGAGCAGAUCCCUUCCCGCCCGAAGUGGUGGAAGCAGGCGGCGUCCCUCACCACCACCACGCGCCCGUACACCUUGGCCACCAGCUUCAGCGCCUGGUGGCAGUCCCCGCAGAUCCGCAGGUUCUUGAACACGCGUAUGGGCAUCCCCGGCGGGGCGAUCAGCAGCCCCAAAGCCACCGCCAGCUUCUCGCUGUGGUGUGCCAGCUCCACCGCUGCAUCCGCCGUCUGGUGCAGCGCCCAUCCCAGGUCCGCCCUGUAGCCCGCCUCCCCUAUCCUCUCCAUCAUCUCUUCCACCUUGGCGUAUAUCUCCGCUGCCCGUGGGUGGCCCCUGUCCGCCGCCCGGAAGGCGUGCACCUCCCCCCCAACCUCCGUCCAGCUCCACCCGGGUUCCUUCCUCACCCCCCGCCGCCGCAUCAGGCGGCGCACCCGCCGUGCUUCCUCCCAUCUCCCCGACGCGGCGUAGCUGUUGGCCAGCAGCAUGUACGGCGCGGCGUCGCCGGGGCACGCGCGGAAGAGCGCCUCCGCUGCACGUUCCGCCAGCCCCGCCGUGGCCCCGUGGACCCUGCACGCCGCAAGCACGGCCUUCCACACCGCCGCGUCCGGCGCGAACCCCGGCCGGUCCAGUAGCUCUGCGGCGGCGGAGAGCUUCCCCAACCGCCCCAGAAGGUCGACCAUGCAGGCGUAG